CAUUUUCGGUACAAAGACACAUUUAAAAUAAUAAAAAUAAUAGUAUGAAUAUGCAUAAACGCAGACACACGUGUAUGUGUGUGAGAGGGGUAUAAAUAUAAUAUUCCCAAUAGAAGCGCAGGCGCAUGCAACAUGUAAUUAGCAUUUCCAUUCAUUUUCAAGAGAAGAUCAAAGCUGAUGAGAAGAUCAAAGCUGAUGAGAAGAUCGAUCGAUGUGGAGGACAGGCCAUUGCUGCGUAUCGUACGGUAUGAGAGAAUUUUCUUUUCUCCUCCCCUCCCCUGCCACUGACGCUGUCAUCUUUUGUUUCACUCGUAUUAAUUUGUUCAUUGCCUCUCUGCUUUAAUUUGCUCUGCACAUUAAUUAAUGGCUAAUCGACGACGAUUCACUCAGAGGUAAGCUACUCGGAGCCUACACUCGCUAUUUCUGCACAGACAGACAGCGCGAUUAGGUGUGCGAGGCGGAGAGGAAAUUUGUAAACGUACGUUGUAGGUAUUCAAAUUAUUCCACAUUCCAGACUUCUCAGGACUUAGAUAAAGAAAAGUAGCAAAAUGGCUGCUGGAAGUAGCAGCCACAAGAACUUUAGAAAAGCUCUAGCAGCUAUUAAAGACUCCACAUCGGUUGGAAUGGCCAAAGUAAACAGUGAGUACAAGGCCCUUACUGUUUCGAUUCUAAAAGCAACAAACCAUGUAGAAGUCUUGCCAAAAGAAAAGCACAUAAGAAGUAUUCUUGGAGCAGUUUCAGGUUCAAGGCCUCGAGCAGAUGUUGCUUAUUGCCUGCACACACUUAUGAAGCGCCUCGCCAAAACAAGUACUUGGGCGGUUGCACUGAAAACUUUAAUUGUGAUACAUCGUGCAUUGCGGGAAGUGGAUGAAUCAUUUUGUGAGGAACUAAUUUACUUCAACAGAAGCAGAGGCCAUGUGUUGAGUUUAUUUCAUUUCAAUGAUGGCUCAACCCCUGCUGCGUGGUAUUAUUCUGCUUGGAUACGUGCGUAUGCACUGUACCUUGAGGAGUGCUUGGAGUGCUUUCGUGUGCUAAAGUAUGAUUUUCAUAGAGACCAUUCGAGAGCAAAAAAGAUGGACGUUUCAUCAUUGUUCGAACAUCUACCUGCUUUGCAAAAACUUCUUUACCGUCUUCUUAAUUGCCAGCCUGUUGGAGCAGCUCAAUAUAAUUCAAUCAUCCUGUACGCUCUUUCGAUUGUUGCACUGGAAAGUGUGAGGCUUUAUGUUGCAAUAACAGAUGGUGUACUUAUUUUGGUUCACAAGGUUUCAGUCGUUUCCAUUUAUUAUUUUCAUCAUAAGAGUUUAGCUAUGGUACCAACAAUUUAUAUCCGACAGUUUUUUGAGAUGCCAUAUCAAGAUGCCGUUAUAGCGCUUGAAAUAUAUCGGAAGGCAAUGCAGCAAGCUCACAGCAUGUCCGAAUUCUUUGAUACGUGCAAAAGACUCGACUUUGGAAGAGGACAAAAGUAUGUCACCAUUGAACAGCUACCUGCAUCAUUUUUAGCGGACAUGGAAGAGUACAUAAACAAUGCUCGAGACACUGUAAGGCCUCCCUCAGCUGUAUGUAUGUACUAUUACUCGAAUGUCUUAAAAUCCUUAGGACACCAAUAUCAGGCUGAAGACAAGAGUGAUGAUGCUCCAAGACUGCUUGAAGCUCCAGAAGCUAAUUUGGAGAUUGAUCCCAACCAAACCGACGCUGACAAAGGAUCGAAGCCUUCUGCAGACUCUCGGACAGGCACAAAUCCUGCUGCACCAUUGAUUCCUGAUCUAAUGAGUUGGGACGAGUUGAGUCAAGACACAACCGAAAAUAGUUCCCUCAAUACUACACCACCAGGUCCCGAUGGAGAUUCAAACAGUUGGGAGUCUAUGCUACUUGCUGAAACAAUUUCAGAUGAAUCUUCGGUGACUGAAAAUACGAGAGCUGCGCUGAACAUUCUGGACAGAUAUGUGCUAGAUAGCCUAUACAAUACUCCAAAGACACCGUCAAAUCCGAGCGAGCAUCAUAUGCAGAACAUAUCUGCCAAUCCUUUUGAGGGUGACACCUACAACCAGAUGUAUUGUGACCAAAGUCUCACAAUGAAGCCGAGUUUCAUGCAGGCAGACGAUCAACACCACAUUUACGGCUACAUGCAGAUAGCCGGGAUGACUCAACCAGUUGAGGAUCCACAACAAGAACAUUCGACAAUGGCUGAUUAUGACGACUCCAUGAAUGUUCCAGGAAUGACUCAACAGGAAUCAUCAUCAUAUUCAUUGUUCAUAGGCCACGAUUAUAUGCAGAUGAGUGAAGUAUCCCGACCCGAGUCUCCCAUGCAAGAACAUGAACAGGCAGGGGGGCAUGAAGAUUCGCCUCCCAACCCGUUCAGGAAUCCAUUCGAGGAUCAAUAUUUUGCGCCGGAGGAUGGUGCAACUAGAACUACAACUACUAACUGAGGCUGAGGCUGAGGCUGCCAACUCUUGUCUUCUAUGAAGGUUUUUGUUAAAGAAAGAAUAAUGGCAUUGGCAAAAUAAAGGUUGGUGUUACUAAACCUUUAAAAUUUCCCAGUUAUGUAAGCAAAGUCCUCUAUCAUUUUAGAAUUACAUCUGUUCUUAGUUAGACAAUAUAUACUGCACGUUCCGAUCUCAACUAUCUAUCUAUCUGUCUGCCUUGCAAAGAGAGAUAGAAAUAGUAGGCCAUACCUAUUUUGAAAAACAACUAUCUAUCUAUCUGUCUGCCUUGCAAGGAGAGAUAGAAAUAGGUCAGGCCAUACCUAUUUUGAAAAAUUAAAGCCAGAGGCUGAGGCUGGCAUAUUAACCACCUUUGAUAAAAGGAUUAUAAAGUUUAAAAGCUUAUUUAAAAGGCUAUAUAAUAAUUAUUUUUUAAUAUUAAUAAAAAAAUAUAAAUACAAUUAUUAUUAUUAUUAUUAUUAUUAUUAUUAUUAUGUAUAAUUAUAGUUAAAAUAAAUUAAUCUUAAUUAAUUAAAUAAAUUUUAAAAUAAGUCUAAAUUAAAUUGUAUAAAUAAAUAGGUCCAAAUAGCCCACGACACCGCCGGCCUAUUUCCAACCUUACUUGCAAGUUGUAGUAAGAGCAUUAUUCUUACAGUGGGAUAACUCAGCAUCAUAUUAAUUUCAAAAUAUUAUAAGAAAAAAUAAAAAAGAAAAAAGAAAAUUAGAGAUAGA